UUUUCGCGAAUGAUGUGACGGCCAUUUUGUUUUAUUCACAACAAAAAACAAAUUUGUUGCAUUAAAAUAGUUUAAAAACUAAUAAUUAUCGGAAUUGCUCAAAAUCAAAUUUAAUUAACAUACCCUAAGAAAUUAAUUAGUUUUUAUUUAAUACAGUUUUCUUUUAUUCAUUUGUCGUACCCACUCGAACGGACCAGGUAUAAGGUUCGUUUCGAGGGUUUUGUUUAAUCUAAAUGGUGCCGUGCAGACAGCAUGUCUACAUUGUCAGGGAAUGCGACCAAGGGGGAGAAAGGAAAAAAAUUUCAGCAACUGAAAAUACUUUUACCUUCCGGUAGUAAGUCGGCCGAACCAGAACAACAACCAAACAAAAGUAGCGCUCAGCGUAUUCAACAUGGAAUGACCUCAUUGGGCAAAGUGCCCACGGCUCGACGACCAACAAAUUUACCUAGUGAAAAAUCUGAACAAAGUGGAAAUGAUCCUUCUGUUAAUUUAGUUCCAAGUGGUGGUCCAGGAUGGGGAAACAAAACAAACGAAACCGGUCCGACACCAACACCAUCUCUGGUUCAGAAUGCGAAUCCUCCUCCGAGUGCUCCAGUCAACAAUACACCAAUGCCUGGGACAUCACAGCCGGUACAACAUGUACAACACUACCCACCCGCUUCAAGAAUGCCUCCCAUGCCUUCGCAGGUAGGACAUGUUCCUGUACAUCAUGGCCAUCCAGAUGCCAAAACAUGGGCAAGAAUGACGCUUGGUGGAGAUACAUCAGCCAACAAUCCGUUCACUCCGCAGUCUCCUCUAUUCCAUACAGAAUUCCCAAGUUUAUCUUCGAAUGCCGAAGCAUCAACCGCAUCCACGACUCAUGCUACUGCCACAGUUGCUCAAAAACCAACAACAAAUACAGUUGCCGAUACGCAAUAUGGCCCUGGUCCAAGUUUGCGCCCUCAGACGGUCAGUUGGAUGAGCGGGAGCCGUCCUCAAGGUGCGAUGGGUCCGCAAGCUGGAAACCCUAUUGCAUCUGCUCCUGCCCAGGUCCGCCCAGGGUUCCCAUCUCACAUCGGUCCAGAUGGCGCACGGAACAAUUUGGCCCCUUCUGGGGUGGGCGUGGUCCCGGCAGGCCCUUAUCAUCCUUCGGUAAUGACAGACAAAAUUCCUCAAUAUGGAGCUCUAAUGCCUCCUUUUAUGUUAAGAAAUGCUUAUCCUGGUGGCUUUCCUCCGCCGGGUGUUGGUCCUCGUCCUCCUUACGGACCACCGUAUAUGCCUGGACAACAUGCCCCAGCUGAAAGAUUCAUGCAACCUCCUACUGUUGGUGCAAAUUCUGCUAAACGUCCUUACGACGAUGAAGAUACAAAAAUCCGCUCUAUUAUCAAGGAAGAGGAUCUAAAUCAAAUGGCGAACAUUGGUAACGAUAUCGGUUGGGCUGGCCACGAAGAUAUCGAUUACAAUCAAAAAUUGAAAUUUAGCGACGAUGAAGAUGACGACAAAGGUAAAGAUGGUCGUAGUGGUAAAUCUCGUUCUAAAGCGCAACAAGCUGCCAAACUUGCUGCCGAGAAGGCGGCUGCUAAAAAAGAAUCUGAUAAAGAAAAUGAAUUUAGAACUUCGAUGGAAAGCCUAAAAGAACGAGAGAAAAUGUUCCCGGCCGCGGCAGUUGAAAAUCGACCAUUGGAGAUGCGAAACGUUUGGCAAGCUAGGAAAACUAUGGUCGCUGCGACUGCAGCUCCACGGUAUCAGAUUACUGCGCCAGCCGGUCCUGCUCCUGGUGCUGGUCGUUUUGGUGAAGAUGAUGAAGAAUUGCAAGAACGACGCAAACAGAAAAAAGAUGAAAUGGAGAUAAUUAUACAACGUGCUCGCGAAAGAAAAGAAGAAGUUGAGAAACAGUAUCAGCAGCAGCUCCAGCAAGCUGCUCAUUUGAAAUUGAAACAAUUGGAUGAAAGAAUUAUGGCAGAACAACAACGAAAAAUGGAGAUUAAAGAUCCGCAUUAUAACGAUAGAGAUGUCGAAAUGAUCUCCGAAUGGGAGAAAGAGAAGGCUAGAUCACAGAACAGAUUAAACGAGGCUCAAAGUAUCGAGGAUGCCAAGAAAUCUCAAACUGCCACACUGGUUCCUGUGGUUAAAGAUGCGUCUGAAUUCAGAGCUUUGACGCAGCUUGGUGACCGUAGUACGUUUGCGAAAAAAGAAAAAGAGCCCAGCACGGCUGCGCCUGGUGCCAAUUAUUCGCGUUCUUUUCCUACCAACGUACCUCCUCGAUUCCAAAAUUUAAAUCGCCAGAGUUCUUCAAAUUCGACUACUAAUUCGGCACCUGCUCCUCCUCAAGGACCUUCGGAUGCUCGUAAAAAUAGCCUGUCUCAAUUCUCAAAUAAAUCAAUCAGUCCUAGUAAUUUCGGUCCUGCCAGACACGGCAGAUUGGAUUCGGAUUCAAUGUCCGAUAAAGAAGAUACUCGUAAGGAGCGGUAUAUCUCUGACGAACGUCAACCCGAACGCUAUCAAAGGGAUAAUGUCCACAAUCGCGAUUAUAAUUACGAUCGCGACGACGAUCAAAGAAAAUACGAGAGCGAUCUAAAGAAGAAAUUCUACGAGAAAGGUGAUUACGCCGCUGAUUCGGGCAGAGAUUUCGACCGGGAGACUAAUUACGGUGGUAAAUUUGAAAGAAAGAACAGCGAAAGCGAUCGUUCCGAUAAAUCGAAAGAUUAUAUGAAUCGAAGAUAUUCGGAAACAGAAAGCCACGAUAAAGAACCGGUUAUGAGUUGGAGACACGAAGAAUCGCCUGAGAAAACAAGACAUUUCAACGCACCGCCCAGAUCUCCUCGUACUUACAGCGAAACCGAACAUCGCGAAAGAAAGAAGAGCCGAGAAGAAGGAAAUUACGAAAAAUUAUCUUUCAAUGCUGCUGACAAAGAACGAGAUUAUUACAGAAAAGAUUUAUCCAGUCGCGAUCGACACGUGGAACCUGAACGAGAGAAAGAACACGACCAUCAUCGAGAUUCUUUCGACUAUAAAUCGAUUGAAAAUGAUGUCAAACGUGAACGCGAAACGGAUAAGAAGGAAAAGGAUUCCGAACGGAAAUCACCUGCCACGUAUGAUGAUCGACUUCGUGAAAGUCGUUACUCUCGCGAAUCCAGAGAUUCAUUGAGAGACGAAUCCAGGUACACAAUUCAAGAAGAACGCUCAUAUUCGUGGGUCGAUGAAGGUGAGGUCGAAGAAAAGCCUACUUUGAGACGCGAUCAUCACUACAGAGAAGAAAGGGGAGAUCGUUACUCGCAUGCUCAACGUCAUCCGCCAGGUCCUAUUACAAGAGAAAAAUUAGAAGCCAAGGAAUUGGAAGAUUCCAAAAGAAAUCUCACCGCGUUGGUGCGAUCUGACAAGAAAACGGAAAUUAAGAAAUCGGAGCCGGAAGAGAAAAAAGAAAAAGAUAAGCAAGAGAAUCAAACUAAAUCGGAAAGCACUUUAGAACCAUUGUCACGUUCCCAGAAACGUGAAGAACCUGUUAAAUCAGCUUGGCAUAAAGACGACAAGAAAGAUAAAGACGAAGCUAAAUCAACAGCUACGUCAGCAGAUACCGGCGCUGAUAAGAAGGACAGUAAAGAUAAAGAAGAUACGAAAAGUAGUGCGAAAUCCGCCUCAUCUAAACAAACUGGCGACGAAUCGUCGACAGCUAAAGGCGCAAGCGGCGGUACCGAUGAAAAACGUGACCGACGUGACGACCGCAAGAAAAAUGAUCGCGAUCGUCUUCCCAAACGCGAACCGCGUGGCAAUAAUUGGGCUCGACAUCCGGUCUAUCGAGGCAAUCCUUACGGCGGCGGCCGAACUGAAUCGAAACUUCAUCGGUCCAGUCGAACUUCAGGUUCUGGAGGUAAAACCUCUUCGCGUCGCGACUCUAAAUAUUCGGAAUCCGAUUACUCGGAUGAGAUAUCCGGAUCUGGUCGCGAAGACAGGGUGUCUCGUAAUGAUCGCGACGAUAGGGCUGUAAAAUCGAAACGAUACGAUAGAGACGACCGUAACAUGGAUUAUCGGGUUGAUAAUCGAGACUACAUGGGUGGUAAUCGAGGAGGAGGACGCAAUCGCGACUAUUACUCCUACAAGCCAUCGCACCGAGGUCGUGGCGGAUUCCGUGCCGCGGUUGGUGUCGGUAAACGAAUGGACGGAUACGGACCACCUCCGUCGAAGAGUCCGUUCGGUAAUUCGGGCUCGUACGGCGAUGAGAGAAGACAUAAAUCUAAAGAUAUCGAUGGUCACGGUCACGGUCACGAUCAGCAUUCCGAUAAGAAGGAUUACUCACACGCAGACAAAGGUAAUGCCGACGGUAAGCAUUCGUCAGCUGCCAAUUCCCGUCAGCAAAAUUCUGAGGAUAAAAGUAAUAAGAAGAACGACUCUGCUCAAGAUAAUAAAUCUACCGUUUCGUCGCCUACGUCUGUUCAGACGGCCGAAGCUAACGAAGAAUCGUUCGCAACCGCUAGCGAAGGAACAGAUUCCGAAGAUAAUGGCCUGGUGGCUAAAAGCAAGCCUGCCUAUACCGGUACCAAGCGUCAAAGCACUGUUGUGGCGACCAAACCUCAAAGAGCCAAUUACCGCUCAACUUCUAGGAAACGUUUUGAAGGACGUAGAACAGCUCCCCUGUAUUCGAGAAAGGAAUCCGGCUCGUAUGGAACCACCAAGAGAAACUCGACCAGCAGCGGAGGAGGCGGUAAAAGCUCCAGCGGCGGUAAUAAAGAAAACGAAAAAUACGCCGCCGAAGCAACCGCCGAUGGUGGUUUCGGAAAAGCUGAACAAGAAAAUAAAAGCGGAUCCAAUGAGAAGUCACGUCGCGAAUAUUCCGAUAACCAAUCGUCUUCUGCGUCCGCUGCCAAGAAGAACGUUAAAUCUAGAAACCGUUCAAAUUCGCGCAAGAACGUUCGUUCCAGCGGUGCUAUGACGAACAGUCGUUCGAAGAAUCAAGAAGUACCGGCGCAGCGAAUGUCGCAGACCAAACAAAGGAAAAAUUACGAUUCAAAACCUCCUUCGGAGUAUAGAGAAUCCAAACUCGAUAUACCCAUGCCUUUGUUCAAAGAACUAGGACCUCCUAUACCGGCACCUCCUCCGACAACAAACGCUUGGGAUAAACCGAUCACCGGCGCUUUACGUACCGGAUCUCCGUCAACCAAUGUUCCAUCGGCUGCAGCGUCUGCGAAUGCGGCGGCGGUGGCAGCAGCAGCGGCGGCGGCGGCUAAUGCCGCUUCGGUAUCGUCUAGUGUCGCCAACAGUAGCGGGCCUACUAGCAUUGGACAUGAUAAAGGAUCUUUGCAAGGCGCAGAUCAUCACAUCGAUUCCAGCAGAUCUGAUAUUAAUAGCGGUGUUGGCAGUAGCGGUGGACUAGGUGUGGAUAAAGUGACCACAAAGGUCUUGGAAAAUCUGGACGGAUCAACGCCUCCGGUACAGACUAUUAUAUUUGAGAAUACCAAUUUCAAAUCGGCUCCUGGAGAUAAAACCAAAUACACGAAUCAGUUGAAGAACCAUCGAUACGAUAAAGAUAUGAACUUGAACGCGAACGAUUGCGUCGGAGUAUCUAAUUUCAACACCGACUCGUCCAGUUCCGAGUUACCAAGUAAACAUAACCCAUUGAUGACGUUGUCGUAUAAGGUAAAUUUUAUACCGAAUGAAGACGUUUCGGAUAUGAAAUUAGAUUUCACCUUCGAUUCGGAAUUUUCCAAAUUGACCGAUGAUAAUAAAUCGGCCGCUAAAUCGAUGGAAUUGCACGCGAUGCAGUUGGGACAGUCGACCGAUGCUGAAUUGAAUAGGAAGAUUGCGCAAGUGAAAAAGGUAUGGGAUGGAUCUUUGGUAGAGUCGUACGAUGAUGUAAUGGUGAACACAUCGUCGACGUCGUUCUCUCCCUCGUUCAGUAGCCACAGUUCGGAUCCAAAUAGCACUUGUUUUGUUAAUACUCACGUCGACAGUUCGGAGCAUUUGCAAGUUGACGAUGUCGGUAUGGCCCAUAAUGAGGUCGUAUUCAGCCCUGUAUCGCAAAUACAAGGAGUCAAUUCAAGUUACGGUUCGGUCACCAACUGUCAGACAGUGGUGAUUAAAAACGACGCUACGUCGUCUUCUAGCAACGUUUGCAAAGUUAAACCGCAGCCCCAAGGAUGCAGCACAAAUAUGGCCAAUGUAGCGGCGCAGUCGACGGUAAUGUCGGCUACUUUGGUGUCUCAACCACCACCCAUGUCGUCACCAUCGUACACCUUUAGUUGCUCUACUCCGCAGCCCGCCUUGAAUAGCAACGCGGUUGCGGCGACUGCUCUCGCACAAAUUAAUUUCCAAGCUGCAGCUGCGCAAUACGGUAGCAUGCCUCCGGUACCGUCGUCUCCAGUAUUAUACAAUUCUACUCAACCCGCUGCUCCUGGACCGACCGCUUUGUACGGCGCGUUCCAAAUAGAUAACCCACAGGUGGCAGCUAGAACGCAGUUUAAUCAGUUCGCAGCCGCAUCGUACGGAUUAUCGGGCGCCGUUGGCCAAACAUCGGCGUUCAACCAAUCUGUCUUUGUGCAACAACCACCUCCGAGCGCGCCGCCUCCAGAAAUGUAUUCGUCGGCGAUGCCUCCUUACCGAUUACAACCGCAGGCUUUCGGUAACACGCAGCAAAUAACCAGUCCGAGCACGGUGCUAAUUUCGAGUACGUCGAAUUCCCUGAUGUCGGCUACGAUUAAACCGUCUAAUCAGCAGAUUAGCGCCAUUGGCACGAAAACCGGAUACCCUACAGCUCAAACGUCGCCGUUAUAUAUACCUUUGGAUCCGGCUACUCAACUUUUGAACCAGAAUUUCAUGCCGGGUAGUCAGCUACUCCAAAGACCGGCCAGCAACGUUAUACCGGCCGGUUCGCUACAAGCGGCUUCUACGUCGUUUUAUACUACUGGAUCCGGAGCCGGUGUCGCGGGUCAAACAGGAUAUUUCCCUACGGGCACCAAUUCCCCGUUACAGCCUCAGCCUGGCACUGCGAUCGGAUUAUCCUAUAAUGCCCAAUCAGCUGCGCCGUCCCUUGGACCUACAGCUAUGCAAAAUUUUGGCUCACAAUUAACGCAGCAAUUCCGAUCAGCACCGUCUUACUUGAAAAGCAGUGCUAACGCAUGCAACAUCGGUUCGGAUUUCGGUAACGGAAAACCGAUCACUUUAUCUAAUCAGCACGACGCUCUGAAUUCGGUGUUUCCUCCUGUCGGUUGUUAUGUAGGUACCCAAAUGAGCUCAACCAAACCGCGAAUACCUACCGGCGGCAAAAACGUAGUCCAAAACGUACAGCAAGCCAUGGGACAGCACAACAUGUCUCAAAAUUCCUACAGUUAUCAAUCGGCUAAUCAAAUGCGCAAUAACGGAGGCGCAAACAAAGGAUCGCAAUAUCCGCAUCCUAUACAAAGGCCGGUUAGCCAAGGAAACGCGAACUCGUCGAACCGAGCCGGAAAUAGUACAAGCAACUCGAGCUCACACAGAAUGCCGGUCCGAAAUAAUGCUCAUCAAUUAGUCAACAACAUUCAACAACAACCUCCGUCUUCGGUUUAUUAUACGCCUUCGUCAGGGUACAGUACCAGUUCGACUAAACUUGAAGCAUCCUCAUUAGACUCGAAAUCCGAACCGAAUUCCGAUUCAAAAUUAGCCGACAGCAUCAAGACGAUUAAUUCAAAAAACGUGACCGUAUCGUCUUCGGAGAAAACCGCAGUUACAAACGAAUAAAUUACAUUACGAAACAUGUACUGUAAUAUUAAUAUAUUCGUACAUGAUAUUCGAACCGAUUACAACAAUGUGAAAUUUUCAAUUGAUAUCGAUCUACGCGAUCGUUUCACUAUCCAUCUAUUCUACUCUGUUAAUUAUUAUUAGAGUAAAUUUAAAAAAACGAAGAAUUUUCAAUUUUGUAUUGAUACAUAAAUAUUCUACUUCCCGUAUUUUCGUUUUGCUCCCUACUACAGCCUACCAUACGAUUUUAUUACGUAGAUUUUAACAUCGCAUCGUUGUAUUGUUUAUUGCAAUACUGAAAAAUUUAGGUUUUUUUGGUUUCGUGCGCCCUACCUCCUCUCUCCUUUUGCUCGAGGUAUCGAUGUCGUCGCGUUAUAUACCUAUUUUUUUUCUUCGCUAAAUAUCUCUUACCUAUUUAUUUGAACUUGACUCGUAUUAAAUGUUUUAACGAGUGAAACGAAUAUUUUUUAUUAUUUUUUUCGAGUAGGUAUAGGUAGUCGAAUGAUACAUCGUCUUUUGUAUUAUGUAAGUGCUAUUGUUUGCGUAUGUGUGUCGCGUAGUCUCUUAAAUCUCACAUAUGUAUUAUGCUGAAUUGAUCCGUACGAUCGACUCUAAUCGUAUAUUCCUAUGUUGCGUUUUCCUUUAUUAGUGAAUUAUUUAGACGGCACGAUGUAAUAUUAUUAAACAAACUGAAUGUUUUUAGCUCGAGCACAUAAAGCGUUAUUUGUUGCUCUCUUUAUUCUUUCUCAGAUUUAAAAAUACCUACAUAAAUACUAAAACGGCACAAUUAAGGAAGGUGUGCUUUUUCAUUUCGUAUUUAACGAUAUCGAUAAGAACGACGGUGUAUUAUUAGGAAAAAAAAUCGCGUUUGGAAGAUUAUGAACUUGAAAAACAAAAUAGGUAGAAAUUAUUAAAAAAUGUACUUAUUAUGCGCGCGCAUUUUUAUUGUAAUUUGAUUAUGUAUUUUUCGUAUGUUUGUAUCUUUCUUUUUGUAUGUGGUGUGUUUAAAUCUAUAUUUUUCUCUCUGUUUGUAGUAGUCUGUUGGUUUCAAAAAUUAUAAUUUUGAAAAAAAAGAGGAAUUUACGAAAUAUACUUCGCUUAAGUAUUUAAAAAAAAAAAAUGGACUUGUAUUUUCUUUUUUUUUCUCAUUUUUUUUUUGUUGUCAGAUUGCUACAGUGUGUUUGUUAGGCUGUUUUGGCUGCUUUUUAAAUAUAUAUUAUAUAUAUAUUCUUUUCAUCUCUUUCUCUUUUUAUGCUUAAUUUGUAUUUAUUUAUUAUUUAGCUGUGUAUUUCAGUUAUUUAAAUUCGGACUUGUUCGGGAAUUUUCUUCGUUUUAUUAUGUAGAACGUUUUUUUUUCCUCUGUGUUAAUUUAUCGUAUAAAUAUUCGAGUAAUGUCGUGUAAUUGAAUAUUCUAAUAUAUCUGUCACUAAUUUUA